AUUUUCAUACUUUGUACAGCUAUUUGCUCAGGUGCAAAUUAAAUUACGCAGUUACCUAUUUGUUUAAUAAUUUCAUGUAUUAGUUCAUUAGUUAUGCUCAUAGCUAAUAGCCAUGUUUUCUUUAUUCAUAGUCACAAUUCUUUUUUCAAAAUCUUCAGCCAAACUUUUUUUUUCUGAAUCCGAUGAUCCCAGUGUUUAUGCCAUAAAUCCUAGAAGACUUGGGCCUGUUAGUAAAGAGGUUGAGUUUGUAAAUAGAGGAGAACCUUUAUGGGUUUUAUCGUUGAGUGGAAAUGAUUGGAUGGCCCCGAAAUUAAGGCUUGGGAAUACAGCAGAGUUGGAGGAAUUUUUUGAAUAUGUUGGACCUUUGAAUAGAAUUCGCCGUCGCCCUCCCCAGCCGAGGGUGAAGAAAGAUGACCCUGAACAUGCUAAUAUAGAAGUGGAGCCACCUCCAGGAGCUGAUCUACAGAAGGAGUUCAUCAAGAUGAUUAAUAAGUUUGCUUUGUCGUCAAGCAGUGAACCGGAUUCGUACAUAACUGACAACAGUCAUGAUUACGAUAGCACCCCAUCCAUGGCAUUGCACUUCAAAGGCUCAUACGCUAUCCUAAUAGUGGAAAUAGGAAGAAAGCAGUGGCAUUAUUUCAUCAGAUCGCAAUCGUCGCUUCCGGAAUGGUUUUACGAAGCACACGAUACGCGCGAAAGUCCUAUACUUUUGCCGGAAGAAGUCAAAAUUAAACUGUUUAACUCUCUCUGGCGUUUGUUACACUUGUUCUUUGGCCAUCCAGUAUAAAUAAUUAUUAAAUGAUUCCUUCAAUAAUUACAAAA